GUUGGCGUUGGCGUGAGGUUCCCGAUUGUUGACGACCCGGCUGAAACAGGCGGGACAUACAUCGCCAAGGCCUCCUGAUCCGUGCAGCUGCUCAACAGCAGUCGCAUCAGACGGCCCCGACAUAUGGUGGUGCCCAUUGCCGGUGCGUGCGGCUGUCUGCAUUGUCACUGCGUUGCCACACGGCGUCCACGUGUUGGUUGGGAUCCCAGGAAUCGCACCGUACGGGUCCUCCAUGCUGCCAAUCCAGAGUCCGAGCAGCGAAUCCGCCGCAACUUUGAGCCGCGAGCACGUCGAGAGAAGUAUGCGCAGCUGGCAAAACAGCGUCACAAACGUCCCGCUAAUGACGUGCACGUGCGAGUUGGACGCGCUGCGGUUCUCGGAAAAGUCCUCAAUCUCCUUCCAGUUGCCGUCGUCGGUCUGGAAGUAGUAUCUUGGCGGGUCAUACACGUGAAUCGACACCUCGCCCUUGGAGUUCGGGUUGCGGAUCGCCUGGUUGAGCAGCGAAAUUGCCGUCUGCGGGUUAGUCACCGUCUCGUUGGUCGGGUCAAUCAGUGACUGUGUUGUGUCGGGGAUCUCGCGGAAUUUGAUACGCGAUACCGCGCUGUAUCGGCAGGACCAUCUUGUACCGCAUGCCCUGGUUGCUAAUGAUCCACUGGAACUCGCCGACCAGCGAGUCGAGCUCCGCCGGCCGGUGGUUUCCGGGCCGCUGCACAGGCUUCAGCUGCGGCAUCUCGAC